UUGGAUUUGUGGCGCGCGGCUGCUAAUCGAGAUGUGGCGCACAGGCAUCGCACAGAAAGCAGCUCGCCAGGACUUGUGGCGCGUGUUGGGCCGCAACAAGAGCAGGAGCUCGGCCCCAGCGCCAACGCUGCCCCAGUCGGCGGAUGUGGUGGUGAUUGGCGGCGGCUCGGCCGGCUGUCACACGCUCUACCAUCUGGCCAAGCGGGGCGUGAGGGCGGUGCUGCUGGAGCGAGCACAACUGACGGCGGGCACAACCUGGCACACGGCGGGGCUGCUCUGGCGCCUGCGACCCAGCGAUGUGGACAUACAGCUGCUGGCCAACUCGCGGAAUAUGUUGCGUCAGCUGGAGGCGGAGACGGGCCUAGACCCUGGCUGGAUACAGAACGGUGGCAUCUUCAUAGCGCACAAUGAAACGCGCCUGGACGAGUACCGUCGCCUGGCAACUGUCGGUGCAGCUCUGGGCAUUGAGAACGAGAUACUGUCGCCCGAGGAGACGCAGAAACUGUUUCCCCUGCUCGACCCCAAGGCAUUUAUUGGUGCGCUCUACUCCCCCGGCGAUGGCGUCAUGGAUCCGGCAAUGCUCUGCACGGCCUUGAGACGGGCGGCAACUAACAACGGCGCCCAGGUGAUCGAGAACUGUGAUGUACAGGAGAUUCUCGUCGAGCAGGGCACACGCGGUAAAAAGGUUGUGGGUGUGGCUACGCCCUUUGGCAACAUACGCACUGAUACUGUGGUGAAUGCCACUGGCGUCUGGGGUCGCGAUCUGGUGGCUCGACAUGGUACCUACCUGCCGCUGCUGCCCAUGAAGCAUGCGUACAUUGUCUCCGAAUCGAUACCGGGUGUUCGCGGUUUGCCCAAUAUACGGGAUCACGAUUAUUCAACUUACUUCCGCAUACAGGGCGAUGCCAUCUGCAUGGGCGGCUACGAGCCAAAUCCCAUACUGCUGGAACCCGUGGCGAAAGACUUUCACUUUGGCCUCUACGAGCUGGACUGGUCGGUCUUUGAGACGCAUGUGGAGGGCGCCCAGAAACUGUGCCCCACCUAUGCCAAAUACGGUAUCAAGAGCACCGUUUGCGGUCCGGAGUCCUUUACGCCGGAUCACAAGCCGCUUAUGGGUCCCGAUCCAGUGGUGUCUGGGCUCAUGCACAACUGUGGCUUCAACUCGGCUGGCAUGAUGUUCGGAGGUGGCUGUGGCGAGCAAACGGCUCUGUGGAUCAUCAAUGGCCAGCCGGAUGUGCCCAUGUUUAGCUUUGAUCUGCGACGCUUCACACAGGAACAGGGCCGCGCCACCAAGUGGAUACAGGAGAAGUCGCACGAGAGCUAUGUGAAGAACUACAGCAUGGUCUUCAAGUACGAUCAGCCCCUGGCCGGACGUGACUUCCAAAAGGAUCCGCUGCACGAAGAGAUGUUGCAGUGCAACGCCUUCAUGGAGGAGAAACAGGGCUGGGAGCGACCCGGUUUUUUUCUGGGAUCUACUGUAGAUUCUGCAGCAGUGCUGCCCUAUGACUGGUACGGCAGCUAUGACCACCCACGACAUAAGGACAGCAACUACGAGCGUGUCCUGGAGGCCGAUCUGAAGUACAGCAGCUUUUCCGAGCAUCACGAUCUGAUUGGAGCUGAGGCACACGCCUGUCGCAACAAUGCGGUGGUCUUCAACAUGAGCUACUUCUCCAAGCUGUUGCUGGAGGGACCACAGGCUCAGCUGGCCGCCGACUGGCUCUUCUCUGCGAACACCAACCGCGAUCCCACCAAAACUGUCUACACCUGUGCGCUGAACGAUGCUGGCGGCGUGGAGGCGGACGUAACCAUAAGCCGUUUGGCAUCGGGCUCUGGACAGGUGCACGAUCCCAAGUUCGAGGGUCAGGGAUACUAUAUUGUGGCCGGCGGUGCAUCGGCUUAUUACACGUACAGCAUGCUGCUCAGCGAGAUGCGACGCAAGGGCUUUGAUGCCAAGUUGACUGACAUCACAGCCGAGCUGGGCGUCAUUUCUAUACAGGGACCCAAUAGUCGGCAGAUUCUGCAGCCGCUGCUCGACUGCGAUCUCUCCGAUGAGCAUGUGCCACCAAAUAGCACUCGCUUGGCCACCGUUAAGGGAAGUGGACUGCGCCUGCUGCGCGUCAGCUUUGUGGGUGAGCUGGGCUAUGAGCUUCAUGUGCCCAAGCAGGAUUGUGUGGCCGUCUACAAGGCGUUGAUGGCUGCUGGCAAGGCACAGGAUCUCCGUAACGCAGGUUACCGAGCACUGUACUCCCUCAGCAGCGAGAAGGGCUAUCAUCUAUGGAGCUACGAUCUGCGUUCGGAUGAUACUCCUUUGGAAUCUGGCCUGGGUUUCACCUGCCGCAAGACGGGCGACUAUCGCGGUCGUGCCGCAGUGGCGAGACAACGCGCGGAGGGCAUCAAGAAGCGCUUGGUUUACCUCACUCUGCAGCAGCGGGUGCCCAUUUGGGGCCUCGAAGGGGUCUACCGGAAUGGCGAGCCAGUCGGCGUGCUACGCCGAGCUGAAUAUGCAUAUACGCUUGGAAAAUCUCUGGGUCAGGCUUAUAUAUCACGCACCGACGGCCAAAAGGUCGAUGUGGACUAUCUGAAAGCGGGUGACUAUGAAGUGGACAUCCUGGGCAAACGCUACAAGGCGGAUUGCUAUUUGCGCAGCCCCUUUGAUCCCACUGGACAGCGUGUCCUCGGUAACUACGAAUCAAUCAAGACAAAUAAAUCUUAAUUGUGUCCUA